GAUGGUGUGUGCGGACUUGGGCAGGAUGCAAGCAACAGCAGUCGGAGAGCAGUGAAGAGCUCCAAGUAACCUCGGGGAAAGUGGAAUUAAUUGUGUGUGUGUGUGCGCGCACACAUUGGAGAUAUCCAGGACCCCCCCCCCCCCCCCACUCCCCGGUUGGUUACAUGAAAUCAACACAAGAAGCUUUACUUCCGGACCGUCGCCUUUUUUUAAAAAAAAAUCUAUAUCUUAUACACAUUGUUGCGGAGAAUCUUUGUGAUCAAUAAUUACAGCGGAAGAAGCGAAACACGGCGAGGAAGGGGGUGGAAAGGGCAGGGAAGGUUGAAAAGGCACUGACUCCAUGCCGGGAGGGAAGUUUACGACAAGCCUGCAGGGUUUUGUAGACGUUUUCCCAGCCAGACAGUGAAUCGCGUGGACCAGGACAAUAGAAAGCUGCUUUUCUCUCUCUUUCUGUAACUACCCUGAAAUUGCAUUGCUACUGCUGGGCUUCCUUUUGGGUUUUUUUUUAAAAGAAAAAUCCUGAUUUUUUUUUCGCCUCUUUCGCCCUCCUUUUCCAUUUUUUUUGGUUUGUUUAUAUUCUCUCUCGCAAUUUAGUGUUUUCUCUCUCUCACACACAAAGCCAGAACAUGGCUGUUGCUGCGGGAGGGCUAUUCCACAACGGGUUGCUGCAACACGACCAUGGAGUGCCGAGCGAGCCCCAGAUCGCCGAACUCUGCCGGAGUUUAGAAGUGGGCACUGUCAUGACCAUCUUCUACUCCAAAAAGUCCCAGCGGCCGGAGAGAAGGACGCUGCAGGUAAAGCUGGAGACCCGCCAGAUCAUCUGGAGCCGGGGAGGCGAGAAAGUGGAAGGUGAAAUCGAUAUUCGGGAAAUCAAAGAGAUUCGUUCAGGAAGAAAUUCCCGGGAUUUUGAACGAUACCAGGAUGAUGCCGCCAGGUCUGAUAUAUCCCGGGCCGAUUUAGCUCACUGUUUCGUCAUUCUGUAUGGAAUGGAAUUCCGGCUAAAAACUCUCAGUCUAGCAGCUACUUCCGAAGAAGAGAUGAACAUGUGGAUAACGGGGCUGAACUGGCUUUUGACAGACACUAUGAAAUCGCCAACACCACUUCAGAUAGAGAGGUGGCUGAGGAAGCAUUUUUACAACGUGGAUCGAAAUCGGGAGGACCGGAUCACGGUGAAGGAUCUGAAGAACAUGUUGGCUCAAGUCAACUACCGAGUGCCCAACAUGAGAUUUCUGCGGGAAAAAAUUACAGACAUGGAGUUGCGGAGUGGGGAUGUCACUUACUGCCAGUUUGCUCAGCUCUAUCGUAACCUGAUGUUCGAUGCUCAGAAACAUAUGGAGGUUCACUUUCUUCAAAAGAGCUGUGAGAGGCCUGAACUCAGCCAAGUCUCACUGCAAGAUUUCCAGCAUUUCCUGCUGGAAUAUCAGAAGGAAUUGUGGGCGACAAAUAUACACCAAGUGAGAGAGUUCAUGUUCAGUUACCUUAGCGAUCCACUCCGCGAGAUUGACGAUCCAUUUUUCUACCUCGAUGAGUUCCUGACUUUCCUGUUUUCCAAAGAAAACUCCAUUUGGGAUUCGAGGUUUGAUCAGGUCUUCCCAGAAGAGAUGAGCAACCCCCUAUCUCAUUACUGGAUCUCAUCAUCUCAUAACACCUACCUAACAGGGGAUCAGUUCUCCAGCGAAUCCUCACUGGAAGCCUAUGCUCGCUGCCUAAGAAUGGGAUGCCGGUGUAUUGAAUUGGAUUGCUGGGACGGACCUGAGGGAAUGCCAGUUAUUUACCAUGGUCACACUCUGACUUCAAAAAUCAAGUUUAAUGAUGUUCUGACCACAAUCAAGGAACAUGCUUUUGUGACUUCAGAGUAUCCUGUUAUUCUGUCCAUCGAAGAUCACUGUAGUAUCGUUCAACAGCGAAAUAUGGCUAAUGUCUUCAAGAAGGUGUUUGCUGAUAUGCUGCUGACCAAACCAGUUGACAUCACUGCAGACGGGCUUCCCUCACCGAAUCAAUUGAGGAGAAAAUUCCUGAUUAAGCACAAGAAACUGGCCGAGGGCAGUGCUUAUGAGGAGGUCUCAACUUCUACCUACUCUGAGAACGACAUCAGUAACUCGAUAAAGAAUGGAAUCUUGUACCUCGAAGAUCCAAUCAAUCACGAAUGGAAUCCACACUACUUUGUCCUCACAAGUAGCAAGAUUUACUAUUCAGAGGAGAGAUCAGGGAAUCAAGCCAAUGAAGACGAGGAAGAACAGAGGGAGCCCUGUAGUUGUACAGACCUUCAUGUGACAGAGAAGUGGUUCCAUGGGAAACUUGGAGCAGGCCGUGACGGGCGGCAGAUCGCAGAAAAGCUCCUCGCAGAGUACUGCAUUGAAACUGGGGCUCCCAACGGCUCAUUUCUGGUGCGUGAGAGUGAAACCUUUGUGGGUGACUACACGCUCUCAUUCUGGCGUUCUGGAAAGGUGCAGCAUUGCCGUAUCCAUUCCCGUCAGGAAGCGGGUAACCCCAAAUUCUACCUAACAGACAACCUGGUGUUCGACAGUCUCUACGCCUUGAUAACACACUAUCAACAGGUGCCUCUCCGCUGCAAUGAGUUUGAAAUGCGGCUGACAGAGCCCGUACCUCAGACUAAUGCACAUGAAAGCAAAGAAUGGUACCAUGCCAACUUAUCGCGAUCAGAGGCGGAGCAUAUGCUAAUGAGGGUGCCAAGAGAUGGAGCCUUCCUUGUUCGUAAACGGAAUGAGCCCAACUCAUAUGCAAUCUCUUUCCGUGCCGAAGGAAAGAUCAAGCACUGUCGUGUCCAGCAGGAGGGCCAGGUCGUCAUCCUGGGGAGUUCGGAGUUUGACAGCCUGGUUGACUUAGUCAACUACUAUGAAAAGAAUCCACUAUACAGGAAGAUGAAACUCCGUUACCCAAUAAAUGAGGAGACCUUGGAAAAAAUUGGCACAGCAGAGCCAGAUUAUGGGGCCCUUUAUGAAGGCCGGCAGCCAGGAUUCUAUGUGGAAGCUAACCAAAUGCCUACGUUUAAGUGUACAGUGAAAGCAAUGUAUGAUUAUAAGGCGCAGCGUGAUGAUGAGCUCUCCUUCUGCAAACACUCCAUCAUUCAGAAUGUGGACAAACAAGAAGGAGGAUGGCACUGGCAAGUUGCAAAUGAAGGAGGAUUAUUGCUCAUUAAACGCCUCGUUAAAGGUCCAACUUGCCUCAUUAAUAAGCAGCUUCCUAUCUUACCAAUUGCAACAAACAAGCUAGACGAUGAGAAAUCUCAACAUAGGAAUCCCAGCGGGUUCCUGGUGACUGCAGCUCGCCAUUCACUCUGGAGGACCUCCUCUGAAGGCAGGGACAUGUCUCAAACAAGUGAAGAGACUGCGCACAGGCCUUGCAGAGUUACUGGUCCUGUGAAGGAAGAAGGGAAGAUGAUGGAGCGCAGAAAGAAGAUUGCUCUUGAACUCUCUGACCUAGUCGUGUACUGCAGACCUGUUCCUUUUGAUGAAGAAAAGAUUGGGAGUGAUCGGGCCUGCUACCGGGAUAUGUCAUCGUUUCCGGAAACCAAGGCAGAGAAAUACGUGAACCGAGUCAAGGGGAAGAAAUUUCUACAAUACAACCGUCUGCAGCUGAGUCGCAUCUAUCCCAAAGGCCAGCGCCUCGAUUCAUCCAACUACGACCCCCUGCCCAUGUGGAUUUGUGGCAGUCAGUUAGUGGCAUUGAACUUCCAGACUCCAGAUAAACCCAUGCAGAUGAAUCAGUCAUUGUUCAUGUUGAAUGGAAAGUGUGGAUAUGUUCUCCAGCCAGCCAUUAUGAGGGAUGAGCAGUUUGAUCCUUUUGACAAGCACUCGGUGAGGCCAAACGAGUCACUCUUCAUUCAACUCCAGGUCUUGGGGGCUCGUCACUUGCCUAAGAAUGGCAGAGGCAUAACCUCUCCAUUUGUAGAGGUCGAGGUUUGUGGAGCUGACUACGAUAACUGCAAGUUCAAGACUGAGAUUGUUGCAGUGAAUGGCUUAAACCCCACAUGGACAGCAAAGCCAUUUUCUAUAAACAUCACUAAUCCAGAAUUCAGCUUCUUACGAUUUGUUGUCUAUGAGGAGGAUGUGUUCAGCGAUCAGAAUUUUCUGGCAGAAGCAACCUUUCCUGUCAAAGCCAUAAGGACAGGAUACCGAUCGGUGCCUUUGAAGAACAGCUACAGUGAGGAUCUUGAAUUGGCAGCGUUAAUGGUCUACCUGAAGAUCUUGGAAUCAAUGAUAAGGGAAAAUGGUGACACAGUUCUGUGCCCAUCAAAUCCGUCCCUCCGGGAGCGCAGCGCUGACCAUUCUAGCCAACUGCUGGCCUUCAGGGGCAGGGAAGGAUCGUUCGAUGCUCGAUAUCAGCAGGAAGAUCUUAGGCUUUUCCAGGAACAGCAGCUGGAGCACACAGAGACCAGAGAGAGGAGAUUAUUAAGAAGAACUAGGAUAAGUGGAGACAACAGAUGAAGGUUGGUGGAGACGGAUUGUGCGGAUGCUCUGUCAGUUCUAGGGACGUGGACUGCUACAAUUUGGUUUCUAUGGAAACUUGCUGGCUCUGGCCUAUUUUGGGCAGCCUCUCCGAUUCAUAAUCUUUGUAUUCACAGGAAAGUGACAUUUUUAUAAUGUGCUGUUAAAAAUAAAUAGUUUUAAAGAGGAGAAAAAUAAGAAAUUCACACCCGGUAGAGAUGGGAACUGGCCAGUGUUUCAUCUUUGUAAUUACUUUUCUGUUGAAUUGUGCAGCCUGGUCAGUCAUUCAUGAUCUACUGCUUAUUAAACUGUGAGAAUUGUUCUUACUUGAAGAACACAUUGUAUCUGUGCUAGUGUCAUGUAAUAUAAUGGUAAAGAUGCCUUUCACCAGAGACGCAUCAAGCUAUAGAGUGUGUUUAUUAAAUACUUGUCCAUGAUA